UUUUUCCUGCAACAGGGUGAGGAAUUGAAACUCUCUGCCACUCUCUCUCUCAUUUCUCUCCCCAUCUUUGCCCUUACUCUGAAACUCUCUCUCAUCGAUCGCUUCCAACAGAAAGAGAUUCAAAAAAAAAAAACUCACAGAUGAAAGCCCUAAUUUUCACUUUUCACAACACGUUACUGUAAUUCUCUCUCUCUCAUUCUGCUUUGUGAUCCAGGUACACCAAAACCCUAAUCUCGAUGCUUAUAGCUUAAACCGAAACCCUAGAAUUCGACCCGCGCUACGAUAAUCCGGAGCUAAUCUGAUCGAAUUUCGAUAAUAUUUUUCGAUAAUAUUUUCUUGGUUCGUUUCCUUUAUUAUGCAAAGAUUCAGCUCCUGAUUUGUGAAAACUAAUAGUGAUUUUCUGUGUACAUGUCUGUGUUUUGAGCUUGAAUUUCUUGGAUUAGGGCUGUGGAAGAUCGAUGGGAAUAGCGUAAAUUUAGAAAGAGGGAGUUCAGGUGGGUUUUUUAAAUCUUUGGGUUCGUUUAGGUUUUCUGAGUAGAUUGAGCUAGAUCGUAGAAAAGAGAGAAAAGGAAAAGAAAAUCAAUCUCUUCGAGCUAGCAGUUUGGAUUUCACUCUGAUUUUUAAUUAGUUAAGGCUUGGAAAUGCCAUAACAAGGUGAUAGAUGAGCAGGGAUUAGCAAUUUGCUUGCAUUAAUUUAAAGGGUUUUACCUGUGAGCGUGCCAUAUUGAAUUAGGAAUUGGAUUAGCGUUGGAUGGAGAUGGUUAUUGAAAUUUUGUGGAGGUGGGAGUGCUUUUAGUGAUUCAUAUGGUGAUUUUGAUAUCCGGGUAUUGCUUAUUGGGCAAGGGGUUGUACUAGAGUUGGCGAAUUUUUCUGUGGUUGACAACGCGUGCUGCUUAGCCUUUGUUAGAAUAUUCGAAGAUUGUUUGUACCAAACUUUGCAGAAAUGAGCUUGGAGAUUGAAGAACAAAGUUCUAUGGAUCAGCCAGUCGAAAUGAAUCACGAAUCACAAAAGAAGAUGAAAACAUAUACGAGGGAGUUUUUAAUUUCAUUAAGUGAAUUGGAUGUUUGCAAAAAGUUGCCUAAUGCGUUUGACCAAUCAAUUCUAAGUGAAUUUGAGGAUUCUUCCCAAGAUCGGCAAAGAAUUUCUGGCAACCUGUCAGCCAAUAGUUUCAGGCGUAAUGAAUAUGGUUCAUCGCCACCUACCAGAGGGGAUUUGAAUAGUUAUUCUCGUGGUGUCCAUGGAAGAUGGGAAAGUCGUUCGUCUACACGGAGUGAUAAAGAUAGUGACUCGCAAUCUGAUUGGGACCCGUCAGAGUCUGGGAGGCGUUAUGGCAACCAAUCCCGGCGAUCUUGGCAAGUUCCUGAGCAUGAUGGACUUCUUGGUAGUGGUUCUUUUCCUAGACCAUCUGGAUAUGCAGCAGGAGUUUCUGCUCCAAAGUUACGAGCUAAUGAUCAAUACCAGCUCAGUAAGACUAAUGAGCCCUAUCAUCCACCCCGUCCUUAUAAGGCAGCACCUCAUUCACGAAGGGAGGGCAAUGACUCAUUCAAUGAUGAAACAUUUGGUUCUUCAGAGGAUACAAGUGAGGACAGAGCAGAAGAGGAAAGAAAGAGAAGAGCUUCCUUUGAGUUAAUGAGGAAGGAACAGCAGAAAGCAUUUCAAGAAAAGCAGAAGUUAAAUCCAGAAAAGCGUAAAGAUGGGUUCGACAUUUCCACACUGAUGGAGGAUUCCAAAGACGAGAAGAUACUUUUGAAUAGAAGCAAUGAGUCUGGUGACUCUGUGAUAUUAAAAAACUCAAAUAAUGAUUCUGAAAAAUCUUCUUUACCCCCACAAACUCCAGCAUCCAGACCACUUGUACCUCCAGGUUUUACAAGCACAAAUGUGGAAAGGAAUGUUGGACCAAAGUCUGUAAUUCAUCCCCAUAUGGUGGAGGUUGUGAAUCCUGAACUUGGGAAUAGCCUUGCACAUGCCAAAGGUAACCAUGUGUUAAAUGGGACUUCUGAUAAUCAAAUGGAGAAACAGUCAUCUGAACAAAAGGGUUUGACUGAGCACCAACUCGGAAGUACUAAUAUGUCAAUAAAUAAUAUGAGUGAAAAGAACCUAAAUGCACUAUCUAGUAAAACAACUGACAUGGAUGGUCAAUUGUACAAGAAUUCUUAUCAUUCAGAAGCUGUUGAAGCUUCAGAAAGUGAAGUUAUUGAUCUUAAUGCUGAAAAGGUUACUGGGAAUAAAAUAGUAGGAGAAUCCAAUCAAAAUCACUCAACUUCAAUCCUAGAUAAAAUUUUUGGCGCUGCAAUAACCGGUGGUGGGCCCUCUAGUUUCAUUGAGCAUCAUGAUAGUAAAGUAGAUGAGACAUUGAUCCCUCCUGCUACCCAAUCUUCCAAGUUUGCUCGUUGGUUUCUUGAAGAAGAAAAGAAACCAGUUGAUGAUCUCUCCAGCAGGCAGAAUGACUUGCUCUCAUUGAUUGUUGGUGGUGAGAAAGGUGGAUUGCAGGUUUCUGAUGUGAAGAAUACCGACCAUGUUUUACCUAAUAUUCCUUUUCAAAGCUCUGAACCUGCAGACAGGCAUGCAACACCAAAUGUAACAUCGGCCAUAGUUGAAAACUCUGAGCUGUACAAGAAUAAACCACAGGCAGUUCCAGUUGUCAUUACUUGUGAAGAUCUUGAGCAGUCGAUGUUGUCAGAAAUUAGUGAAAAUGUCGCAACUUUGCAGCCACCUAUUCAAGUUGUGAGCAUUCCUGAUAAAAAGAUUGAGCCGCCAAAAGCUACAAUCGAUGAUAGUGCAUCUCAGCACCUCCUUUCAUUGUUACAAAAGGGAACAAGCCUGAAAGAUAUUGAACCAUCCCAAAAUCUAGAAAUCCAAUCUUCAGAGAAACUACAUAACAAUGAAGGAGCAAGUUUAGCAAGUUUUGACUCUGCAGUUCAUGAUUCAAAAGAGUUAAAUACCGAGAAUGCCUCCAAUUCAGGGCAGGCUCUGACUCUUGAAACACUCUUUGGGACUGCUUUUAUGAAGGAGCUGCAAUCAGUUGGAGCACCUGUUUCUGUCCAGAGGGGCUCAGUUGGGAAUGCAAGAGUUGAUAAUUUGGAGCCUCAUGAGUUCCCUUUUCCUGGCAUGGAUGAUGGCCAUAUGCCUACAAAUGAAAUUGGGUCCAAUACAAUUAGUUAUGAAAGCAGUGUUUUAACCUCCAAGCAAAGAGUGCAAACCAAACCGGUAAUGACUGAAGAGCGAUGGUUAGGUUUUGAUGAUCCUCAAACUGAACUGGAUUCAUCACAGCUUCGAACUGGCUUAAAGUCUAAGCUUGGUGGCUUUGAUGGGCCUGUUGAUCUUCGGCUUCCUGAAGAGGAUAGCUUGAUUAUGGUAAAUGAUCCUUUGAGCCUUCAAAAGUAUGCGACUGCCGGGAAUAUAGCUAAAACUGAAGUGUCACCCUCCCCAAACACUCAAGUUGGCAUUGCUGAAAAACUAGCUUUCAAUUCUAUCUUCAAAGACGAGAGAUCUUUUAUGGGAGGUCAAGAAGGUCAACCCUUUCUUCGUGGCCCUUAUGAUCUGAGGGAGCCUGAUAUUCCUUAUCAGGGUCUGAGUGUUCAACCAUCUUCUCCACGGCUUCACCCUCCUCAUUCUAAUCAUUUGGGACCGCUGUUCCAUCAGUUAGAUUCUCAUCCUUCCAAUAUUAAUGCCCAAAUGAAAUUUAUGGCCCCUGAGGGAAUCAUCCAUCAUGAUCCUCCACCAAAUCGUCAAUUUCCUGCAAAUAUGCUUCGUCCUCCUUUCCAUCACCCCAGCACUGGAUUGAGUGGGCUUGAUCCCCCCAGUCAUCACCCUAUGCUGCAACAGAUGCACAUGUCUGGAAACUUUCCUCCACCUCACCUGCUUCAAGGAUUUCCCAGGAGUUCACCCAUGCCAGCUCCACCAAACAGGGGUGCACCUCUGCCUCCUCAUGUCAACAAUCAGAUGAACAAUUUUAUGCCUGAAAUGAACCCACUGCAAGGCUUUCCUUUUAGUCACCGGCAGCCAAACUUUGCUGGUCUUGGAAUGCCACCACCAGCUCCUGAUGCUGGCAGUGGAAGCAAUCAUCCAGAGGCAAUCCAGAGGCUUAUCGAGAUGGGGCUCAGGUCAAAUUCCAAACAGAUUCAGCCUUUUGCCACUGGUGGCCCGGGUCAGGGGAUGUAUGGUAAUGAACUGGACAUGGGAUUUGGGUAUAGAUAGUUGACCAUUAACUGUGCUUGUGUAUAUGGCAAUGUAUUCAACAUCUUUUGCUUGGAUGUGCAACUCCUUGCAUCAUGGGAUUAUAUGCUUCUUUUAUGAGGGAAUUAGGUAGCUUAGUGUAAUUAAUGGAUGCUUCUCGCACUUGCACUUAUUGUUUUGCUUUGAUUUUGUUGUCAAAUUUAAAAGAAAAAUCAGAGUAUCUACUGAA